CCGUUUUCUUCAGUCCAUUCCACCAUUCCCCUUUCUCUCUCUACCGACCCUUCUCUCUCUCUCUCUCUACAUUCUCUCUCGUAAAAGCAAACACUGAGAGAAGAAGAGUGAAAUCAAUUUCAACAAUGGCGAUUUCUUCUUCUUCUUCUGCAAAACUGGUCCUCCUUGCUUGCUUCUUGUUGCUCCUUGCUGCUUCAGCAAUGGCCGCACCACGCUUCUUCUCUUCUCAGCUCAGGAAUGGUGAAGCUGAAGUUGAAACGCACAGGCUAGCGAGCUUCAACGACUCAACAAUGGCGGUGAGGGCAAAAGAAGCUGAGGAAUUGAAUGAGCGUGCUGCGGUGGCUAACCCAGAGGAGGUUGCUUCAAUGGUUGCGAUGAACAUUCACAACAGCACUGAAAGAAGGAAGCUGGGAUAUUUCUCCUGUGGAACUGGUAACCCCAUUGAUGAUUGCUGGCGUUGUGACCCCAACUGGCAGCAAAACAGGAAGCGCCUUGCCGACUGUGGUAUUGGUUUUGGCAGAAACGCCAUUGGUGGCCGUGAUGGAAAAUUCUAUGUUGUCACUGACUCCAGGGAUGAUGACCCUGUUAACCCCAGGCCUGGUACUCUUCGCCAUGCUGUUAUCCAAGAUAGGCCUCUCUGGAUUGUGUUCAAGAGGGACAUGGUUAUCACGCUGAAGCAGGAGCUCAUCAUGAACAGCUUCAAGACAAUUGAUGGCAGAGGAGCCAAUGUCCACAUUGCUAAUGGAGGGUGCAUCACAAUCCAGUAUGUUACCAAUGUCAUCAUCCAUGGCCUGCAUGUCCAUGACUGCAAACCCACUGGGAAUGCUAUGGUAAGAAGCUCCCCAACACACUUUGGGUGGAGGACAAUGGCUGAUGGAGAUGCCAUCUCCAUAUUUGGCUCAAGUCACAUCUGGGUCGAUCACAACUCCUUGUCCCAUUGUGCUGAUGGUCUUGUGGAUGCUGUCAUGGGCUCAACAGCUAUUACAAUUUCCAACAACCACCUCACCCACCACAAUGAGGUGAUCCUGCUGGGCCACAGUGACUCUUACACUAGAGACAAGCAAAUGCAAGUGACCAUCGCCUAUAACCACUUUGGAGAGGGACUGAUCCAGAGAAUGCCACGGUGUAGACAUGGAUAUUUCCAUGUGGUGAACAAUGACUACACUCACUGGGAGAUGUAUGCUAUUGGUGGAAGUGGUAACCCCACUAUCAACAGCCAGGGCAACCGAUACAAUGCUCCUCUUAACCCUUUUGCCAAGGAGGUGACUAAGAGGGUGGAAACAGCUCAAACUGAGUGGAAAGGUUGGAAUUGGAGAUCAGAGGGAGACUUGCUGCUGAAUGGUGCUUACUUCACCCCAUCUGGAGCUGGAGCAUCAGCUAGCUAUGCCAGGGCCUCUAGCUUAGGAGCUAAAUCUUCUUCAAUGGUUGGUACUAUGACUUCUAAUGCUGGUGCACUCGGUUGCCGCAGAGGCCGCUCCUGCUAGCAGAAGAUCAUCAACCAUUUGAAUGGAACCACAACCAUUUGAAUGGAACCACAACCAUUUUUCUGUGUUUGGCUUUUCAGUUUUUUUUUUUACCAUAUUAUAGUAGCGUCAUAUAUCAUAUCCAUUCAUCAUCUGCAUUCUUGACAAGUGUACAUUAAUUGCACAUGUCAUCAUGUUAUGUUGUUACCUUUUUUCUCAGUCCACAUUGUGUGUUUAUUGCUGGUCAACCUUAGCUGCUCGACUUGCUCCAGCUGAAACAAACAAUGCCAUUGUAGGAGCAGGUGCAGAAGCGCGGUCCCGUUGUUUCUCUUUUUCUUCUUCUUUGGUCCUUCUCAGCUCAUUUCAACAAACUUUACCCACCAAUUCAUAUGCAUAUUUUUCCAAGUGUCAAAAUCAUGUCCCCCUCACAUACUUUUCAGUCUUUUUCAGUUUUUUUUUAUAGGAUUUGAUAUAUAUAAGUCUUUUUCUUUUUUACUUCUCUUUUGCUAUUUUCUUACUCUUUGUUUUGCUGAGUUAAUUAUACGAGCAAAAGCAUGAUUGUCAAAGUUGAGCUAUGGAAACACUUUAUUAAUGGUGAUUAUGGAAUAGCGAUAGUAAUGGUGUUCCUUUUUAA